CCGCGUCCCGACUUUGACCUUCAGUAUUUGACCAUCAAGGAUCUAGACGACAUCGUGGGCCCAUACCUCACUUCAACGGAGUGGCUAGAUGUCGUAAACAAACACCUACCUAUUGAACUGGAGCCACAUGACGAGAUGUUCGUUAUGAACCAUCGUCUGCUCACGCUGGUCGGCCACUUGAUUAGCAGGAAGAAGGACAUGGACGCUUUGCUGCCGUACAUCUCUUGGCAUCUGGCACGUCACAUUGCGCCUAUGACCUCCUAUUCUCUCUCCCGUGCCCAGUUUGCGGAUGACAGUGGGGUUGGCUACGCCACACUAGGAUACAUGCUAGGACGCUGCUAUGUCGACACAGACGCCAAUAUGCCCUUCGCGUUCGCGCACCUUUUCACCAAGCGCUGGCUUCCCCACAGAGUGAUCGACAACGCGACCAGACUGGUCGAUCACAUUCGCAAGGUAGCCAAUGAAACCAUGGUCACCUCAACGUGCAUGGACUCCGCGACCAAGAGAAGCGCCCUUGAUAAAUUGCACACGUUGCGGGCCGUCGUCGGGUACCCGCCAGAACUGAAUUCAAUUAGGGCGCUCAAGCGCCACUACCGGUACGCUCCAAGACUCGACGGAACGUACUUUCACAUGGUGCUCACGCUACGUGCCGCCGAGCUUUCUUACAAAAAGAGAUUCCUCCGAAAGAACGGCUCUCGCGUCGUAUCGGACCUGGUGAACGUACCCCUCACCCUGGUGAACGCGUUUUACGUUCCCGUAUACCACGUCAUGGUGAUCCCGGCAGCCAUCUUGUACCCGCCCUUCUACGUGGACGGCUAUCCGUAUUCCUAUAACUUCGGUAGCAUCGGGCACGUGGUGGGGCACGAGAUAACGCACGCGUUCGACCCAGACAUGGGCCUCUUUAACCGCGAUGGCGUCCGUCGUAACUGGUGGACUGCCGAGUCUCGCGUCCUCUUCGAACGCCGCCUGGACUGCCUCCGGGAGCUCUACAAUCCGCUGCCCUGGGGCGGAGGCGUCAACUUCGGCGACCACGCGCUCUCCGAGAACUUCGCCGACUGCGGCGGCAUACUGAAGGUGUAUCAGGCGUUUCAUGGGACGAAGACCAACAAGAAGCAGCCACGACCACUCGGAGGAAGCUUGGCGAGAUUCACGGAUGAGCAGCUUUUCUUCAUCAGCAGCUGCUUCAAGUGGUGCUCCAACAACGAGAAACAGACUCCCGGUUGGUACUCCCCUCCGCGUAUGCGCUGCAACGUGCCACUUAUGAACAUGCCGCAGUUCUCGGAGGCCUUUCGUUGUGGUGCCGGGAAGGCUAUGAACCCCUCCCAAAGAUGCGACUUUAUGUGA